AUGCCAAAAGGAAAGUAAAGCAAAUAAGAACAAGUUAAAACACCAGAAGUUGUUGAUAAGAAAAUUAAAAAAGGAAAAAAGGCAAAAGCUAAUGAUGAACCAGCUGAAUAGUCUGCAUCACAACCUCAAUCUCCUAUUAAAAAAGGAAAAAAAUAACCAUAAGAAAAGAAACCAAAGGCUACAAAGGAUAGAUUUAAUAAACUUUAUUACCCUGAAACUCCUAAUCAAUAAUUCCCAAAUUAAUUACAAGAAAAUGUAAUUAAUGUAAUUGCUUCAUAUGGAACAUCUGCACCAUUAAAAGAUAUUACAAAUAACCUCACUUUGUUCUAUACAAACGAGGUUGAAGAAUAAGCUGUUCAUAGUUUUUUGGCUUAAGCAGAGGAAAGUGGAAUUAUUUAUGAAAGAUCAGGAUAAUACCACGUUGCCAAUGAAUUGAUUCCACCAUAACCUCAACCAAAAUAAGUUGUAUCUCAAAGCAUUGAAUAAGAACCAUUGCCAUUAUAGGUAAAUGAAUCUGCAGUAAAAUAACCUUAAGAUCACGAAUAAAUUGAUUUCGAAGAUUAAAUUUAAAACCAAUAAAGUGAAAAAAAAGAAGUAAUUAACGAGAAUGAUGAAAAUCAGAAUUUAUUUGAUAAUUGAUUUAUUCAAAUUAAUAAUGUUUUUAAUUUACAUGUUUUUUU